AACGGAAGUGAUGUCACAUAUGCAGUGUGACCAUGGCUGAAGACGACGAUGCGAUAGUUCUUAGUUUUAAUGACAGUCUCAUACGACAAGGAGACCUCCGACUUCUAGAAGACCCGGGUUGGCUAAAUGAUAAACUAAUAGGCUUCUGUUUUGAGUACUAUGAAAGAGAACAGUUCAACCAUUCUGCUGAUCGCCUGUGUUUCAUCUCACCAUCCUUCACUCAGCUACUGAAGCUGUCUCCAGUUGAGGAGCUUGUUGUUUUACUUGAGCCUCUAGGCCUUCCAUCCAAACAGUUUGUAUUUCUGGCUGUCAACGACAAUUCCUCAUGUGAUCAAGUUGGAGGAUCUCACUGGAGUCUUCUUGUGUAUGUGCGUAGCACCCAAGAGUUCCGUCAUUAUGAUUCAGCCAACCACAGUAACGAGUCUGUUGCCAAAAAACUGGCUUACAGAUUACAGCCUCAUGUACAUGCUCCUUAUGGAAGGAUGAAGUUUGUGGAAAUGGACUGUCCUCAACAGAAGAAUGGGCAUGACUGUGGAAUGUAUGUGAUCUCAGUGUCUGAACACCUCUGUAAGGAGUUCUGUGAGUUUGCUGGCAUCCCACUGGCUGAUGCUGUGACUGUCAAUUCCAUCUCCAACAAACGGUCAAGCCUCAAGGAUCUUAUUCUUACUCUUGCUAAAGAGCCCAGCAGUUGACCUUGCUUCACAGAUACAGGGAUCAGUAUGUAGGGGGACCUCAUUUUCGUGGAGGUUGCGCUGUGUGACAACGAACAAUGGCUGACCCUGAAAGAUGUGGCCAUCUCCACCAGGAGCUGCUGUUGCAUUAUGGGAUGAGGGAAUAAUGUUUGGAAUGUUGAGACAGUUGUUAUAUUUAAUCAUACUGUAUAUUUGCAGAAAGUGGAUGUUAGUAUUACUCUGUGUGAAGUUUGAACUUAAACAUGAAUUAUGGUUGUUGUAAAACAAGACUGGAAAAAAUGGGUACAUUCUCACAAUGUAACAUUUUUUAUCGUUUUGAUUUAUUAUCAGUGUACGGUUUUACUAUGAAAAUACUAGUACUAUAUACCAUGAUAACAGUAUAUGAUCAAGUAUUGAUUGCAGUUGUUCUCAAGUAUACGAAGACAAGUCAUCUAUUUGUAUUUGGUAGCUGUGUAUGAGUGAGGAUGAUUGUGAUGAGAUCGGUAACAGCUCGUAGAAGAAGAGAAACCAGGAAAUGUGGAAUGUGUUUUACACAUACGUAAUUGCUUCAUGUAAAUGUUUACAAUAUUUGGAGCAUUGUUGUUAUCAGUUGUUCCCUUUCAUAGACGAUAAAGGAGGGAUAUUGGACAUAUUUGAUGUACAUUGUUCUAAGUUCUGUAAUUCUCUGUCCAGAGUUGUCUCCCAUGGCUGCCAGGAUCUGCUAUCUCAACAUGACAACCAACAUUAGGCACAAUCAUGAUCCUUGGUUUGAUUACUCCUAUGGUUUGACCAAAGUCAGCUACGGCAUGUAUCGCUC